AUGAAAAAGAUUAAUGAUAAUAAGAGUUCUGGCGGAAGAGUUGAAUUAGAAGUGAAUGAUGUUAAUGAGAAAUUAGAUAGUAAAGCAGAUAAAGACUAUGUUCAUUAUAUAAGUUCAGAUGAACAGAUUAUAACGAACUAUCAUGGAUAUUUAACACAGGAUGAAGAAGUGAAUACGGAAGAUGUUAAUGAAAGAAGAUAUAAAUUCAUUCGUGCUGAAGGUUAUGACAUAAGAUGUGUUAUAAAUUAUGAUACAACAGGUAAAGCACCAGAAGCAUUUGAUUAUAACGAUGAAAUUUAUGCUUCAUACUUCUUUAUUAACGAUGUAUUAGUUGAACCAAGAUUUACUUUGAUGGUUAAGUCAAAAAUAACUGUUGAAGAUGCGAUUAAAAGUAAAGCUGAUGUAAAUCAUAUGUACCCUGAGUUAAAUCAAGAAAUAGUAAACUUAAGGCGUGAUUUAAUAACAGAACAUAACGACAUAAAUUCACUUCAAACUUCAUUAGACAGUAAAGCAGACAAGAACCAUACAUAUGAAUCCUUCACAACUGUUAGAGCAGACGACAUAAUACUGAACUUUGAUUUGGGUUCAAGUGCACCUUUAGAAAAUCUAAGCACUAGCGUAAAAGACACGCUUAACAGUUUAGAUAGUAAAUGUACGAAUAUCGAAGGUCAUGUCAGAAACUUUGAAACAUAUGAACUACCAGCAAUGUUAGAUAAGAAAGCCGACAAAACUUAUGUAGAUGAAAAAACAGAAUAUGCUAAGAACAAUGCAAUAGAUUAUACAGAGUGGACGAGGGAAUGGGUCAAUGAAAAUUAUGCGAAGAAGUCGGAAAUGAAUGAUGCAGUUAAUGGUAAAAUAAAUGAAAGAUUUUCGAAUAUCGAUUCAUUAACAGUUAAUGACAUUCAAUUACAUCAUCAGUUACCUGGUCAAAAAAAUGUGGAAUAUAAUAAUCUCACUAAUAUUCUUGAUGGUUUCGAUGAAUUUAGAACUAAUGCAACAAAUGCAAUUGCAAGUAUGAAGAAUGAAAUAUUACAAGCUAUAUAUCCUGUUGGUUCUUUAUAUACAUCAAUGAAUUCAACAAAUCCGGCAAGUGUUUUAGGUUUUGGUACAUGGCAGCAGAUUGUAGAUAAAUUCUUAUACUGUGCUAAUUCAUCAAAUCAAACGGGUGGUUCAAAGAAAAUUACUGAAGCAAAUCUUCCACCACAUAAGCAUACAAGAACGACAAGUGAUUCUGGAGACCAUCAACAUACUAUUGAUGGUAGUUUCUUAAAUCAAUGGCAAAAAGAUUAUAACAGCGAUAAUGUUUAUUCUCCAACAGAAUAUACAUCAAAAGUAGUUCAGCACAAAACAACAUGGAAUGGUAAUCAUUCACACACUUUCACAACUAAUACAAUUGGUUCGGGUGCAGAUUAUAUGUCACCAUAUAUUACAGUUUAUGCAUGGGUUAGAACAGCAUGA